AAUUUUUGCCAAAUAGCGAAACAAAAACUUUUUACAAAACACGCCACUAUGCACGUGCAUGCUAUAGAUAUUGGAUUCAUUUUGCAUUUCGCUUGGGCGAGUUUAAAAGGAAUUGUAAUUUGAAACAAAGUGGCAUUGUUGUUAGUUCUGAGUAAUGGUCAUUUUAAUUUAACAACGAUUUUAGUUCAGUUGUUUGGACAAAUACAAAAUAGUUUUGAUAUAUUUUAAGUGGUGAUCUUGUAAAAUGGGUUGCUUUUGGUCAGACGAGAAUCACGAGACGUGCCGCCAUUGCAAUAGAAAAGCAGUUAAUAAUUUGGUAAUUGUGAAUGAAUGCUGCCAAAUAUGUCAUGAAUGGGUGACAAGACGAGAAAGUUCUGGAAGAACUGGUUUCCAAAAGCGUUCUAAUUCUAAGGGUCCAUAUUACGGUGAAUACAAAUGUCGGAGUUGCGGGAGAUACUGGAAUAGCAGACUUUGUUGGCCUAAAUCAUACCAAAUAUGUAAGAGAUGCAAAAUACAGGUCUACGCAUACAAUUACAGAGAAUUAUGCAAUUCAGAUCUAUCUAAAAAUGAGAAUAAGGAGCAUGCGAGUGAAUUAUGCCAAAAAUGCAAAGAAUUGGGACAUUAUUGUGGAUUCACUCGCAACAAACAAAAAUCCUUUAAGAAUUUCUAAAAAAAAUCGAGAGAAACAACUUUAUAUAAAAAAUAUUUAAUGAAAACCAAAAAUAUGUUUAUUAAU